GUCGUCCACGUCGACCAACAUCGCCCCCCCUCUCCUCCCCACGAGCUCGCUGGCCUCGCAGCCGGGCAGAGGCCUUGGUGCGUCGCUCCCACUGUCCUCGCAUCGCCGGCUGUGCCGCUGACCGUGCCGACAGGAUCGCCUCACACCGUCCGCGUUGUUCUCGCCCCACCCCUACGUCUAUCUCCUUGUAGUCCCGCGCUGAAGGUCCGAGGCUUUGACCGCCUCGCGCCCUUUGCCCCUCCCCUGCCUCUUCCAUAGCCUUCAGCAGGGGCCCUUUCAGUCUACUUUAUUACUUUCUCUCUUCUCACAUCGUCUCUUCACCUCGCCUGCCCCUCUGAGCUAGCCAUGCACUAUCCUCACCUCGCACGCUCGAGGGAUCCUCACCCCCAUGCCUCCUCCAGCAGCUCGCUCUCCUCUACAGCUCCCUCCGACAUCCUGCCGGCGGCACCGCCUUCGAACUCGAGCCAGUCCGAUAUCGCGACUGAUCUCUCGAGGGCCUCCAUCGUCUACAGCCCGCCGCCCUCGACGUUCCCCGCAAAGAGCCACCGUUUCUUCGCCAAGGCCGUGACCCAGCGUUCGACCUCCAUGGGCCAGAUUCUCUCUCCAGCCGCUAUAGUGAGUCCGCCGAGGCCGAGUUCGCCCAGUGGAGGUGGCCGCUUCAAGCGUGCAUUCGGUCGGAGGAAGAAAUCCGAAGAUCUCACGUCCGUAUUCUCCAAUGCUAUCGGCAACAGCAAGGAGCGGGACUCAAGCGACCAUGUUGCCCCCAAUGCAUCCACGUCUGACCUUUCGUAUACCACGGCCCAUUCACGCGCAACUGAUUCGUCUGGUCCUCGAAACCACAAGCUGCCUAACGCCCUGCAGGCUGCGUCAACCAAGCUGAAUGUCUUCGGCAAGCAGAAGACUACAGGUGGCCCGUUACCGAAGGCCCCGACGUUAAGCGGCGCGCCGCCGCCACCGCCUAAGGAGGUGCAUUCGCCGCCGCCUCUCACGACUCCCCAGACAUCAUUGCGGCAGCCGAGACAUGAUGCCAACGCACCCCUUCCGGCUUUGCCAAAGGAAACGCAGCGAUCUCCAAGAUCACCCUCGACAUCGCCUGCGCAGGAGAGCCGCGAGCGGUUGAAGGAGGACUGGAGGAAGAGUGAUGCUACCAUGACGUCCCAUGUCACGAUCCGCCCUGGUGCACUGGCAGGCAACCGCUCACCUCGGCCUGUCUCAUUGGCCGAGUCCAGCCACUCGGGUCACACCAUCGUUCCGAUGAACAAGCGUCUCAGUGCGCUCAUCACGGACUCCGAGUUCAACGUCGUCGAGGAAGGCCCGGGCGAUCAUUUGGACGACGACAGUGCGUCGCUUGCCGAUGAUGAAGGCUUGACCAGGCGUACUUCGACGAGAGGCAGUCCCAAACCGAGACCAUCAAGGUCGCCCUCUGGCUCGAUCAAGACACGCAACCGGCGAUCCAUGUCUUUAAAUGUAGGUCCUGGCCACCGAUCCAGCAUAGUAGAGCCUGUAGCAGCACUCCCCGGACGUUCGCCAUCCACCCUUGGACUGCACACUCAGAGCGCGAGCACCGCUGCCCAGAAUCCGUCACUCGCGACGACAACUCAGCGCGACAAGCCGACCCUCACUCGUGCAGCCGCCAGUGGCUACAUCGCACCCCUGAACACCACCGGCGCGCAGCAGAGCACAGGGAGCAACAUCCGCAGCCGGCUCGUCCCCUGGAUGUCGACAUCGGCUGGUAACACACCGACGCAGAUGCACCCUAGCAGGGGCCUCCCUACGCAGGCGAAGCAGCCGAGCGGGUUGCGGCAGACGACGGUGAGUAUCACGGGCGGGCUCGCACCUGCUGCGGGAAUCGCUAUGGGUUUGGGGAAGCGGGCGGUGGAACGUGUCGGGCGCGCAUGGGGUGGCUUUGGCUCGUCGAGCGGGGCAUCCAUGAUUUCGCAAUCGUCCUCUGUCUCGUCUAUCACGUCGUCAGAUCAAGGCCAUCCUCUAGGUCGAACGAUGUCGAAGGAGUCGAGUGCGGCAUUCGGGGGCAUCGUGAAGAAGAAGCGGCGGUUUGGCCCUGCACCGAGUGUGUCGUCCGUAACCUCGUCGUCCGCGGCCUCAGAGGCUGAUGCCUUCGUCGCUGCGGGUCCCGGGCUUGGACGUAGAGUGCGAGGACCGAAGAGGACGCCAUCGGGGGCAAGCAUCAUUGGUGGCCUCGUCUUCAAGCGCGACCUCAAGACGUGCGUCGCUGAGACGGCGAUCGAUGGGCUGGACAAGACAGCGGCCCAAGAGGGUGGAGAAACAAAGCCGCUCGAGCAGCGGAUGUUGCCUGCGCUCGUAGUGCGGUGCGCUCAGCACUUAUUGAAGUACGGCGUGCGGGAAGAAGGCCUGUUCCGGAUAAGCGGGCGAUCAUCUCACGUAGCCAAGUUGCGCUCGGAGUUUGACACAGGCGCCGAUUGGGACAUGACGGAAUGCGAUGUUUGCGAUCUUGAUCCGCAUGCGGUCGCCUCGAUCUUCAAGACGUAUCUGCGUGAACUGCCCGAGUCCAUCUUGACCAUGAGCCUCAUUCCGUACUUCGAAUCUGCGCUUGCCGCCGAGGAUCAAGCGAGCCGGGCGAGUACGGACUCUUCCACCGACGCCUCCGUCAAGUCUUCUACGACGUCCCACCAACGCAGCGGAUCUUCGAUGGGUCUUCACAAGGCGCCUUCCCUCUCUACGCUUGCUGUCCCGAGGUUUGUGGGGAAGCGGUCCGUCUCGGAAUCGCUCUUGAAGGCUCUUACUUGGCUCAUCGCGCGCAUGCCGAGGGAGAACAGGGAUCUUCUGUAUACCGUAAUUGAGCUGAUCAGGGAGACAGCCGCUCGGAGCGCCGAGACGAAGAUGCCAUUGGCCAACUUGCUGCUGUUGUUCUCACCUACUCUGAACAUGAACCCGGGCAUGCUUCGUGUACUGUGCGAGAAUGAAGACAUCUGGCGCGGUGUUCUCCAAGUGCCCCAGCAGCCAGAGACAUCGGUCCCGGAGGCCACAAGUGCUGGUGUUGCUGCUCAGGAGGAUGAGGAGGACGAGGUGAUUGACAUUCGUGCCACGUUUGUUACGACCGACCUUGUACUUCUCCCACCCAUAAACCCCGUGUCCCCUGUGUCGUUUGGCGACGACAGUGCCUCAUUUAUGUCCGCUCUGGAGCCGCAGUCGACCUCCUCGACACGCUCGGCGAGCCCACACUUGGCACAGGACGUUCCGCAACUGUCGUCCUCGGAAUCCCUGACUUCCCCGUCAGAAGCCUCCGAGGAACCACUGUCACCGCAUGGACGUCCCUCCUUGGAUGCAAACGAGGACGACGACAUUGGGGUCGAGAACGUGAAGGCAGCAGCGACAGGGUCGCGGGACUCGUUCUUCCUGGCCCCUUCUCCCUCGGACGUGGUGGACUUGUCGCUCCCUGCUGCUCCCCGGAGACCAGCGAUCAAUACUGACCUGUUUGAGUCUCCGAUUGCUACACCCGUCCCUGUAGCGCCUGUUCCCUUCCCUUCCACCAGCGGAAGCACGCCUGCCACGCCGAUCUCGCGGCGCAAGUCCUUCGCGCUUCUCUCCUUCCCAGGUCUCCGGCCCGCCUCGCCCAGCCCGGGGCCAUCAACGACCAACUCGCCCGCAUCGACGAGUACGCCGCCCUCGACAUGGCGCCGGCCGAAACGCCCGUCACUGCACUUGCUCCUGCAGAAGGUGACCGGUACGCGGAGCUCGUCAACACCCAUCGCGGACUCACAAUCUGCAAUGGCGAGCGUGCCCUCGCUGUCGGUCUACUCGCAGAGCAAAGCGGCGUCGGCGUCGGUGCCAUCUCUGACUACGCCGUCGCCGACGGUGAGGGUGGGCUACAGUCGGACGCUGUCGAACGUCGCGCCGAAGCUGGACACGACUAUCUCGUCGUCGCCGAUUAAGAUGAGCUUUGCUGACACUACGGCGGCGCACACCGAGCAGGGGUCGACAGAAACGUCGCCUAGCUCGGCGGGCAGCUCGAAGGUACCCGUCGUGAACGUGGUGACUGAUGAUGAGUCUCCAUCUAGCUCGGACUCGUCGCGCUACGUCCGUCCGCGCGCGGGCUCAUGCGCGACCUCGCUGUACGUGACACCGACUGGGACGACGCCCAAGACGCCCAUCGCGGACCUGACGGAGUCCAGCGCGUCGAGGCUCUCGCCCACGCCUUCGAUCAACCUGCCUGUUGAGGAGACGAAGGAGGACUGGGCGGAGAGUGUCUUGAUGGCCGCGAAAAGC